AGAAUAGAGAGAACAUGGCUGCUGGUUAUGAAUCUUCUGGCCCUAGUAUCAGUUUGGUGGAAGACACAGCCAUGUGAUAUUCUUAACAUCUAUUCUCCAACACAACACUAGUAAUUGAUUUUAAGCCAUAUACUCAAAAAUUGCAUCCAUCUAUAUAUACCUACUAACCAAUUCCAAACUACUCAACCAUUCACAUUCUCUAGUACUUCUCAUCAAAUAACUAAAGCUCCAAGAUUACAAUGGGUUUUCUUUCUAAACAAUUUUUCCGCCAAUCUCUCUCGGGAGUCGGAAAAUCAUCUUCGAGUUCUUUAGAUGUUCCGAAAGGAUGUGUAGCAGUUUAUGUUGGUGAGGCCCGGAAGAAGAGAUUUCUGGUACCGGUAUCAUACUUGAAUCAGCCUUCGUUCCAAGAUUUACUUAGCUUAGCUGAAGAAGAGUUCGGAUACAAUCAUCCAAUGGGUGGUUUGACGAUUCCUUGCGGAGAAGAUUCAUUCAAUGAUGUCAUUUCCAGCUUGAAUAGAUAGUAUAUACUGGAGAUACCAUACCACUCAAAUUAGUACAAAAAGAAAAUUAUGUAGGAUAGAAAAUACUAAUUCAUUGUAUAUAUAUGUUAAUUUUAGGAGGCUGAACAAUUUUGUCUAAUGAGAAAAAUUCUUGGAUGUUAAA